AUGGCGCUCAGCUCUGCAACCAAUGGGAGCACGAAGACGCCCGAGCCACCUCCUGACGAGGAAGGAAACGAGAGGAAAACAAUUUCUCCAAUGGACUUUGAUCAAACAGACGCAUGCCUGCUUCACUCAGAGCUCCAGGGCGCAAACAAAAGGACAAGAAUGCAAUUGUGCUAUAUACUGUUGAUAGGCUGUGUUCAUGUGACAUCACAACACCCUGAAGCAGUGUCGCCCCCAGCUCCACCAAAGAAAGUAUCCAGAAAGUGA